UUUUUGUACCUUCUAAGGCACCGUCUUACAGUACGCAUGCGCGAAAUACUUAGAACAAAAAGCUUCAUUGCAAGAUUUUAAAUACAACAAAGUUACAAUGACGGAGAAAGCAGGAGAAGUAGAUUUAACCGGUGCUAAACUAAAUACAGGCGUUUGGCUUGUAAAGGUGCCCAAGUACCUCUCUCAUCAAUGGGCAAAAGCCACAGGAAGAGGCGAAGUCGGGAAACUCAGAAUCGCCAAGAAAGGUAAUCUAGGGAAACCAGAGGUGUCUUUUACUUUAAAUGAAGAGUUGACUACUAUUGAUGGGAUAGAAGACAAGACAGUGUCUGCACCUCGGGAACAUCCGUUGACAAUGCAGACGGUGGGAGGUCAGACAUUGGCAGUAUUCACAGAGAUGACAUCGGGCCAAUCAGAAGAGAGAUCUGAUGGUGGCAGCUCAGGUUCGGGGGCAGGGGCUGGUCCAGAUAAAAUUGCUUUGGAGGGAGUUGUGGUGCAGAGAGCAGAUUGCAGGCCGGCUGUAAGUGAAGGCUAUAUGAAGCUUAAGAGGUUACAAAUCGAAGAGUCCACCAAGCCGAUCCGGCUGUCGCAGCAGUUAGCAAAACCGGUCACCAACAACUUCAAACCCAAGGCCGACCAUGCGUACAACAUUGAGUACGAGAGGAAAAAGAAGGAAGAAGGCAAGAGAGCUAGAGCGGACAAGCAGCAGGUGUUGGACAUGUUAUUUUCUGCUUUUGAGAAGCACCAAUACUACAACAUCAAAGACCUGGUGGACAUUACCAAACAGCCCGUGAUUUAUCUCAAGGAAAUCCUGCGCGACAUCGGCAUCUACAAUGUGAAAGGGACGCAUAAGAACACGUGGGAGCUAAAGCCCGAGUAUCGACAUUAUCAAGGCGAGGAAAAAGUAGAUGAAUAGGACGAGAUAGUUUGAUGUGAUGGUGUGCCGUGGAACCUCGAUUUGCAAACACUUGGAAAUUAGUGUCAAACAAACUGUAAAUAUUUGUGGAUCAUGUGUGGGGUAUAAGUUUUAAUAGCGUGUUUACAAAAGCAUGAUGACAGACUGCAUCAUAGUUUUAUGCCUUAUUUUUGUGAUUUUCUUUCUUAGCAUUUCCUUCAUCUCCACCCAUUGAAAUAUUUUCUAAAUACAGUAUGAAAAUCAUCUGUAAUAAAUAAGAUUUUGAUUAAA